AUAGCUAUAAAUACCAUCGUAAUUUCCAUUCCCUAAAAUAGCACAAGUUGUAGAUUUUUCACUGAGCAACAUUUUACUGGACACUAAAAAUAGACACCGCACGGAUAUUUUUGCUCAUCUCGUGGUAUUGUUUUGAUUAUCGUCAAAUUGUGUCACCAAGAAGUUUGAAGUUUUCAGGCACAGACCUUGACAUAUUUGGCUACUUCUCUGCUUGGUGAGAUCAUCCUGAAGCAAGAUGGGCAGAAAGAAGAUACAAAUUGCUCGUAUCAAUGACGAGAGGAAUCGUCAGGUGACGUUCACCAAGCGUAAAUUUGGUUUGAUGAAGAAAGCAUAUGAACUGAGUGUUCUUUGCGACUGUGAAAUUGCCCUGAUCAUCUUCACCAGCAACAACAAGCUGUAUCAGUAUGCUAGCUCCGAUAUGGACAAGGUAUUGCUCAAGUACACAGAGUAUAACGACACGGUGGUCAGCCAGACUAACAAGGACAUUGUUGAUCUGCUCAGUAAGAAAGAGCACAGAGGCAAUGACUCCAUGGACGGCGAGGAUGAGGACUACACAUUGACACCACGCACAGAAGAAUCCUACAAGCGGAUAGAUCAAGAGUAUGCUCGGGUCAUGCAGCACGGGGGAGUCAAGAGCCUGGCCACGUACCAGCCAGCAUCCAUGCCUGUGGCAGUGCCAGUGCAGUCCCAGUUCAGCUCCUCCCAGACCUUCACCACAACAGCUGUCACACAGACCGCCACAGGGGCCAGCGUGGCCCCUACGGUCGUCCUCCUGCAACCCCCUGGGACACCAGUUUCCAAUGCAAGUCCCUCAGGAGGAUCAGGAGUCCGAUUGACAUCCAGCCCUCUACCUGCACGAACGUCGCCAGCACCACCUAGCACCUCGCCAGCCCCUCGAGAAUCACCAAGGGAAGCUGCUGGAGAAAAGAAACCAAACCUGAAAGUGCUCAUACCAGAAAGACAGUCCAACUUUGGUCAUCCUCGAACGACGUUGGAAACUCCUAUUGUGUCAACUAUGGCUACCCCGGCUGCUAAUACGAAUCCGUCCAUACCAACGUCCCUUCUGUCUGGCGAGUUCCAGUUAACAAGUGCAGACCUGACAGGAUUGUCUCCCCUUGUCCAAUGGUCAAGUGGGCAAUGUCCUGGCCCUCUUACAGCAGCUGUUCAAGCAUCGGGUCUACAAUUCACUCCAGGAGGUUCAUUAACAUUUGCCACAACAUCAGGAGUGCCCAUCUUAACAACCACAUUACCCGUUCGAACAGCAGGAAUGGGUAUAAAAACUGAGCCGGUGUCACCUAACUCCUCGAAUGCCCAAGCUAGACCCACACCUUCUCCUGGAGCAUCAGAUGAACCGCCAGAGAAGCGGACACGAGAUGGUUGAUGCAACCGUGCUCUAGGAGGAAUGUAAAUUAUGGGGUGCAUUUUGAGAUAUAUAGCACUGAUAGGGGAUGUGAACCUGUUUGAUACAAGUGUAUAUUGUGUACUAAUGGAAGCUAUAGCUCAUCAAUGGAACAUACAACUCAACUCUUGAUGGGGAUCUUCAGACAACAGUUUGGGAUUCGGUCAUAAAACUGCAGUUUCAGCUUUGUGUCAGCUUUAAGAAAAAGAAAAGACACAAUUAUUUUGGUAAUUGUCAUCUAGUUUUAUACCAAACAUAAAUAUCUGAGAAUCCUAUCGAGUGUUGUGUAGUAUACAUCUAGAUAACUGCUCACAUUCUGUUUCUUGUACAGUACGGUAAUGAUGCUAACAGUAUAAUGAAAUAAACUCUUUGUCACAUGUCUAUAUAGCUAACACAGCCCAUAGCACUUCAAUAUCUGCCAUUCUAAUGACAUUUACAGGAUGAAUUCAAUUAUGUGAAAUUAAUGAUAUUCACUGGACAUUUAUUGACUAUUGAUACCAUUUUCAUGUAAACAUCUUAAAUUGCAUUGGCAUUUAUUGCCAGCUGAUUCUAACAUUUCCAACUUUGCCAAGUACAAGAGAGGACCCAUCUGUGAUGCUACGAAUGCCUUACUCACCUGCGUGGGACUUGUUGAAAAAUGUAUUAUCAUCUGAGACCCUUACUGUCUCUCAGACUUUGUUAACAAAUUUUGACAUCUCUUUGUCUACGUGUCAACUUUUACAAAAUGAGAUGAAAAAUGUUCAAAUUGAUUUCUAUAAGAAUGUAUCUGGCGAAAUUGAGAAAUGGCAUCUUGUUUUUAUGUAUGUAAAACAUUGUUAAGUUUUAUGUGUAUUUUAUCACCGUUACUUUGGGGGCACAUUGUAAGCUUGAUCCUGAAACCUUUUAGAAUUUCUAAUCGUACAAUUUGUUUAUGCUGUUUAUGUACAGUACAGUACAGUAUACCAAGUUUCAUUAUCAAUAGUAUUAGAUAGGGGUUCGAAGCAUCUCCCUCCACCAGUGCUAUGUAUAAUAUUAGUGUACAGUUUCUGAUUGAUAACACACUUUCAGAACUCCGCCACUGCAGGGUUGGAGGCAGCUGACACCGCCAAGUCUGUAUCUCUAGAGAGGAAUGUCUCAGUCUCUUUUGUUUCAAUUAAUUGACUGACAACCUAUUGGAAAUGUACUCAAGGCUACCCACAAUGCCUGUCUGUUGUUUCCACCCUUGUAAGGAACUGGUCACUUGCUAUGUGAAUCAUGAGACUUUGACAAAUAACACCAUUAGUGCCCAAAACUGAUGGGAAUCUUCAGUACUAUUCCCACACUGUUGUUCUGACUGUAUAACCCAUUUGGAGAGGUGAUGUUCUUUGCUUUCAGUAUUUUGACCAUACAGAAAUCCUUUCAAACAUGUUGAAGGACCCACUCAUCUUUAUAAAAACAAAAACUGGAGGAAGACAUUUAAACCUGAAAAACAUGAUAUAUUUUAUUAAGUUAUGUGUUCACCGACAGAAAACUAAGUACAGUUAAUGUCAGAAUACAAAACUGAAUAUACUGUCUUGACUGACAAGCUGUUCAAUAUGUGAAGAUAACUUGUGAACGGGAAGAUACUAAGCCUGAGUUUUGAAUCAUUGUUAUUGACAAGAUUUAAAGAACAACUACAAUUUAAAAAGUGUCCCUUCCAUCUAUAACCAAAAAAAUUAAUUUUAUUUAUAAUUUUAUUGUUUUUAAAAGAUGUUUUACAGUCUAUUCCGAAAACUCAACAAAGGACAUUCAGGUUACAAUACAAUACAAGCAUAUGAUGUACAAAUCAUGUGAACAGUUUGGGACAUGAAGACCAGAACUUAUAAAAGGCGCUGAUAUUACACUCCAUUAAAGAAGAGCACUUUGUUAUCAUAUAAUAAUGUCUAAUUUCAUUCUGGAAAACAUGGAAUGGUGGCACACUGUUUUUUUAAUCUUCUUCCAAAAAUUAGGUUUUUAAAGAUGAUAAUAAUAAUAUUGAGAGGGUCAUUGUUUUUGUCUGGGAAACCGAGCAAUACCUGUUUUCUUGAUACUUUGAUAUUGACAUCGAUAACAAAUGACCAGUCCCUGGGGCAGUGUAAAUUAUCAGGUGUAUUGUAGAUACACACUUGCAUGUGUGAGAGUGUGGGUUGUUAUUUUGUGUUAUUAAGGAUUGUUAACCUAUACCAUGUAGGGUUAUUACUCGUAUAUCCCCCCAGAUUUUCACAGACUUCAUGUUAUAUAUACAAAGCAAUAUUUGUAUGUCAUCCAUGUUUUAUCAGGAAUACAUUUGCCAUCAAGUACCUAAUGUCAUUUAUAUAUCUAUGUUAACUGCAUUUGAAAAUGCAUAAUAUGUUUUAGGAGCCAAUGUACUUAAACUCUGUGUUCAUUUGGUGUAAUCUUUUACAUUGUUUCAAGAAUUGUUACUUCUGAAUUUUAUCAAAUGUAAUAUCCAAAAGAACAGUGAAAAGUGAGUUCUGAUCUUAACAGAUUAAGUUCAUUAAAUGAUAGUGAUUUCAUGCUAGAAAUCUUGAACUUGUUCCAAACUUUGGCUACUGGAAUUCCAGCUUUAGGUAAGUUUAAUUUUCUGACUCCUACAACCAACACUUAGUAGACAUUUGAGACCAAUCCUCAGUCAAAAUUAAGAAUAUAAGAACUAAACCUGCAGUAUACUGUUCCUUCUUCUGUGACAUUCAUACAAAAUCUAAGACCAUGGAUAGUGGCAACAUUGUGUCAAGAUGCCAACUCUUUAGUUUGGGUAUUGUUGCGAAAAGACUAAAUGUGGGUACAAUUAUCAUUUAUCUGACAAAUGCUUUUGUCAAAAAUUGCAAUGAGUCUUAAUUAGUAAUGAAAAAAUCAGCAAGACUAAAGCCUAAUAAAUGUACCGAACAGUAAAUGACACCAUACUUUUUGAAAUCAGAUGAUGAGCAAUAGCAGGCUAGUGCAACAGUUACAAACUCUUGGUGGAACGAUUCUUUUGAAAAUGUUAUAAGAUUCCAUAACUGCUUCUCACUGUGGAUGUAGUCAUAAAGUACAGGGGUAUAUGAUUACUAUUUUAGUUUUUUGUAUCAAAAUUACUCAUUUUAAUGGAUUUUAAUAAGAAUUUUUACUAAAACCACAGAAUAUAUGGCUGGCAUCUCGUCAUUGAAUAACUGGUUGGACUUAGUCUGACUGGGUGAGAUCUCGGACUCAAGAAUAUACAGUUAUACUCCCCCGUUAGUUCCUGGUGAAACAUGGACAUGUCCCUUGAUGUGCUCAGUUGAUUAACACUCUAUUCAUUACGUGUGUGUAUAUGUAGAAAGGCAAAUCUAUUUUUGAAAACUAUAAGAAGAGUUGUUAUACAAAUCAGUUUUGUUCGGCAGACCUUGUCCUACUUACCAUUUACACUCAUAUUUUGAGUCUCACUCUCAUGUAACAGAAACGUCUUUAAUCAUCAGAUUGUUGUAUUACUCUUGUGAAUAUUUUGGUUUGACAUUUUUCAUCCAUUAGAUUACUAGACUUGUACAGAAGUGUGAUGUAUGUAGGCAGGUGUUAUUGACUAGCUUAUUUCUUAUGAUAGUGUGACAAGUAUUACCACAUGUAGAUUUCACUUGUCCUAUUGGUUCAACCUUCUGACAUUGUAUCAUACAUACUGUGUGCAUAUCAUGUAUAUCUUCAUAGCUGAACAGGAAAUAUACACUUUUUAUAUCCACCUGACUACACUUGAUCAUCUGACUGGCGCAGGUGAUGUUCUCGUGCCAUAUACUACACCAGUGCACCUUUACACCAUGCAGUCUUAGAACUAAGAUAAUUGUAUCUUGAGCUGACAAUCAUCAUAGCUCUGAGAUGACUUUGUGUAAUGGGGCCAAGCACUAGACAGUUUGUGAUUUUCUAAAUGUACUCCUCAUCAGCUAUAAACACAUUUCCCUUGUAUGCCUUUUAGGCCUAUAUGUCCCAUUGACAGUGCAGCAUCUCAACACCAGUAAUGGAGCCAUGUCAUGCAAUCAUCACAGAUUUAACCUCCAUAUCAUUCAAAUAUAAGAAAAUAACAUUGACUAUUUUUGUUUUCAUUUUUCAUACGUUCAUUUAUCAUUGCUAAAGGUUGUGCAGAAAUAAUUUGCCUUAAUCUUGAUGCACAUAUUUGGAUAAUGCCAUCAUGGUGUAAUGAUUAUACAGAGUAGGGAGGAUCGCUGGGCUCUCUGCAAUGUUCAUGUUUUACAGCAGUUUCUGGACAAGAGGUAAUUAUAGUCUGUUAUUGACUAAACAUUAUUAUAAACAUUUGUAAUUGAUAGAUAUAUCAAGGCAGUUUAUAUAAAUGUGAUGAUGAAAUUUUACCUGGUUAUGUUUUAUCAAUAUUUCAUUCACAUUUCAUUUUACAACAAACCAGUCCUCUUUUUUAACACAAUUAGAAAGAUGGAAAUGAUAAAAGUAGCCACUGCAAGAAGUGCUGUAUGUUUCAGUAAUGAGUACCAAACAUUAUUUUGUGAAAAUGGCUGAGGUGUUAUUUUGGAUAAUUGUCAGAGUAUUUUCAUUAUUAAGUGUAACCUUUGCAAAGAAGAGUCAUAGACCAAAGGAGACACUACUGUGCCUGUCUUUGAUGCUGUCCGAACACAGGAUGUUACUGCUGUUUGGAACCAGGCCCACUGAGUGAGGACUCAAAGUUUCCAGGGAAUAACUCACUAACAUGGAUGUUUGUCAUUCCGGACUUUCAUAUGGAACAGGUUUUUUCUUUGUACAUUGAAUUUUUAAAGCAGAGACUAUCUGUUGAAGAAAGAUAGUCUCUGAUUUGUGCUUCUUCUUUUCUAUUUCUAAAUAUUGCACAAAAAUGCUUGCAUGUCACCUCAUAUUUUCAGCAGAAGCUGUUUUUCUCAGUGGAAUAGGUCAAGUCCCUGGCUAGAGUAAAUUCUCUAUUUUAGCACCAUAUUUAGGUCUUGUUAAGUAUACAUUAUGUUUGAUGCAUGCCUAAGAUAAUUGUAAUUUGUGACAGUGGUCAUGGGUGUUCUGAAAGACCACAGUUUGCUGUGCAGAGUUGUGUCCCUUUACCACGACAAAAUCUCUCUCUUUACAGAAAAUCUGUUGUAGGACAGACAUUAAUACAGUUCAGAGUGGUUUAAGUCAGUUGCAGAAAACAUACACGGUUAGAAAUUCAUUUAUAUUUUCACCAGUUUGCAAGGAAUUAUCAGAGUGCACAUGUCACAUACAGAGAAAGUAGUAGUCGGCAAUGAAAUGUCCUUGAAUUCUACUGGUGUCAGAUUACUGGACUACAGUUUUCAUGAACAGUAAGUAAUGUUAAAAAACAAGCUCUCAUAUAUUAUCAGUACUGACACACAAGCAACACAUGAUGGUACACAUACAAAUGAUCAAAUUAUAUAUGUCAUUACUAUUUGAACUACACAGGUAAGUGACUGUUGUGUUGGUCCUGUUUUAUAAACAGUGGAUAGUUGUUGUGAUAUAAGUGAUGCCGGUGUAAACUGGUGGCCAGGGAGUUUGUACAGUACUAACAGAUGUGUGUCCUACUGUCCUCACGACUCACCUUCAUAGAUCUGACAUGGUCAUGAGACUGGGAGGAGGAAGACGUGCAUGAUUUGAUGGAACAUAAGUACUUCGUAUUUGGUGCUUCGCGUGACAUGUAUCUUAUUCAGACUUUUUCAUAAUACCUAGUGAAUCAUCAAUCAGUUUUCUGUCAUAUGAGGUUAGAUACAUACUGGUAGUCAAUAAAUGCCUUUUGUACAUA